AUGUCCUCCGUCGAUUCAACUGCAGCGGCCUUGGAGCCACGCUCCAACGAGACAUCGACUUUGGGCGAAGAUGAUAUAUCAACGACGACAAAGUGGGAAAUCUGGACUUGGUAUGGCUACUACAUUGGCGCCAACGGACUGUCGCUUUUCAAUUUUGGCCCUACGGCCUUUCAAAACCUGCUUGACCAGGCUGCUCCAGAAUCCGGUCUUCUUCUAUUCGCCGGCCGGUACCGCGAUGUGAACAGUAUCGUGUUGCUUGCCAACGGCAUCUCCUUUGCCCUGCAGGCUGCUCUGUUUCUCAUCAUUGGUGCAUACGCCGAUUUUGGAACAGGGCGGCGCUGGAUUCUGAUUGUCUGGUCCAUCAUUGCUUACGGCAUUGGAUUUGGCUGGCUAGGCGUCCAUGAUCCUGAGAAGUGGAAGAUUGCCACAGCCCUCUACAUUGUCGGUUUGAUUGCUUACCAGCUGACUCUGACAUAUUGGACCGCCGCCUUCCCGUCCCUUGCUCGUAACACUACGCACCUCAAGGACUCUCGAUUGUCCUACGAAUCGGGCGAUAUUACACUAGAGGAACUAGACCGCCGCGAUGAAAUGGAGCGAAGCCGGCUCAGCAAUGUUUCUUUCUACAUCCAAUCGGUGGGCGAGGUCGUGAUCCUGGCCAUCAUUGUGGGCAUUAUGUUUGGUCUCAAGGUGGACGACAGCGCCGCGAACAACAAUUGGGGCUUGUCUGUGCUGAUUGCUUUCGCUACUGCUGUCUGGCUAGUGGUCUCCAUCCCGUGGUUCUUCGUGGAAAAGAAGCGUCCGGGCAUGAUGAUUCCAGCCGGCUACAACAUAGUCACGGUUGGAUUUUGGCAGCUCUAUGAGGCAAUUACCCAGAUCCGCCAACUGAAGCAGAGCUUAAUCUUCCUUGCCGGAUAUUUCUUGCUGGGUGACUCGCUCAACACGACGGUGACGGUCAUCUCUACGCUGCAGAACCAAGUCGUCAGCUACAACACACUGACGUUGACGUACCUCCUUAUCGUCGGCAUCGUCGCACAGGGCGUCGGCAUUGGUGUCUUUUGGCUCAUUCAGAAGAAGUUCAACCUUAGUGCCAAGACCAUGUUCAACGCAGUCAUGGUGUCCAUCAUCCUUCUAGACGGCUGGGGCAUGAUUGGCAACUGGACCGAUAAGUUUGGCUUCCACAACGAGUGGGAAGUCUGGGUCUACCAAGCGUUCUAUGGACUAUUCGUGUGCCCGUGGUAUAGCUAUUCGCAGAUUAUGAUUAGCUCCGUGACCCCCCGAGGCCACGAAUUUCUCUUCUUCUCCAUCUUCAACAUCAUCGGCAAGUCUUCGAGCUUCAUCGGGCCUCUUAUCAGCAGCGCCAUCAUCGACGCCACGCCCAACGGCAGCAACAACAGCGCUCCGUUCUAUUUCUUGUUUGCACUGACGAUUGUCAGCGCGGUGGGCAUUUGGACUUUCCUCGACUUGGAUAAGAGUGCUAGGGAGCAGGAGGCGUUCCUGGCGCAGGAAAAGGCGCGGAUUAUGGGUGACGACGUGACGACUAGCAAAACGACAGAAGAGGACCAGGCAGGCGCAUGA